AACAGAAAGAACAACAAAAAUUUCAAACCGAUCCUCCGGUGUUGACAGUUUUUCAACGCUUUUUUCCUCGCGAAUCGUGUCGCACUGUUUAUUCGAGUUCAAUUUUUAGUGAAAACCCGGAAAAUCCGCCAAAAUUAUCCACAUCAAAAUGCUUAUUUGGUGAUCUCGGUAAAACUAGUGAUUAGCUUGCAUGCAUAAGUGGUUAAUGUGUUUGAAAAUAGACGAAAAAACGCACCAUGAAUUCCAACUUUACAACUCCGAAAAGUGGCAACCGUUUCGGGUCGAAACCGUCCACUCCGGGGGCCGGAAGAUCCAACCUGGUCAGACCCACGAUGAGUACUUCGUUGAUAGGUGCGACCAAAUAUACUACCACCAGUUCGUCCAGUAGUGAAAGCCUUUACCAAACUCCUUCAUCAUCAGCGAUGAAGAAAUCCAAGAAUCCAUCGGCACUGUUCUCGAACACCAAGUCGAAAUCCGCGCUGGCGCUGACCCCGGUGGGUUUGGGCUCACAGUUUCGUCCCCGAUCGGAUUCGGUGACAUCGUUCAAAAGUUGCGGGGGGUCGGCUUACGGGACUCCGGUGGAUCGGCUGAAGAAGGCCAAGUCGGCGCUGGAAGGUUUGACCGUUAGAACGCCGGAAUGCUUUUCCAAGGUUUCGCUGGAUAGUCCAGCGGGGGCCGUUGGGGGUCGUGCCUCGGUGAAGUUGGAUGAAUCGGUGAAAUCGGCCAAGGAUAAAGAAGUGUUGAGUGCGGAAAUCAGUAAUUUGAAGGUGGCAGUUCGUGUCAGACCACUUUCGGCCAAAGAGUGUAUCGAUUCCGUUGCAAACAUAGUGCGAGUGCGGGAAAACGAAGUGGUGGUGAAUGCUGGGAAUACGGCGGAUAAUUCAGCCGGAGUGGAGCAUUGUUUUCAGUAUGAUCAUGCGUUUUGGUCCUGCAAUGCGGAGGACCGGUCUUACGUUGACCAAACAGGCGUUUAUAGCAGUCUCAUGAAGCCGUUGAUUGAUAAGGCAUUUGAGGGAUACAAUGCAUGUCUGUUCGCCUAUGGACAAACCGGAUCCGGUAAGAGCUACAGCAUGAUGGGGAUCGAUUCAGAUGAUUUGGAGAUCAGUUCUGAAGCUGGAAUUAUACCACGUUUCUGUCAAGAGCUUUUCUGUCGUAUUGAAGCACUGAAAGGGAAAAUGCAGGCCGAGGUUGAAGUCAGCUACUUCGAGAUUUACAACGAAAAGAUCCAUGAUCUGCUGGCAGUUUCUCCGACUGAAGGUGUUUUCUCCGUGACCUCAUCGAACGUAAAGAAGCCCCCUCUGAAGGUCCGGGAGCACCCCUUCUGGGGUCCCUACGUAGUAGACCUGAGCACCCAUCCGGUGGAUUCCCACUCGGCCCUGAGAAACUGGCUUGCCGUAGGAAACAGUCAGCGUGCCACGGCUGCAACCGGUAUGAACGACAAAAGCUCGCGGUCACAUUCGAUCUUCUCCGUAGUGCUGAACCUCUCGGAAGUGAUCUCCCCCGAGCAGAGAAACCUGAAUGCUGUUCACCAAACCAAACGGAGCAAAAUCAGUUUGGUGGAUUUGGCCGGUUCCGAACGGGUCAGUCAGACGUGUGGGACCAGCAGUGAGCGGCUCAAGGAAGGGAUUAGCAUCAACAAGAGUCUGUUGACUCUGGGGAAGGUGAUUUCCGCAUUGGCCGAAACGAAACGAAGCGGUAACACGUACAUCCCGUACCGUGACUCGGUGCUGACGUGGCUGCUAAGGGAAAACCUUGGCGGUAAUUCUCGAACGGCCAUGCUGGCAACGAUCUCACCAGCUGUUACGCAUAUCGAUGAAACUCUUGCCACUCUGCGCUAUGCCUGCCAGGCGCGAACCAUCGUGAACCGUGUCAAGGUGAACGAAGAUCCGCACGAUCGGAUAAUCCGUGAACUGCGGGCCGAAGUUGAACGCUUGCAGGUUCUCCGGCAGGACUACGAACGCCAAAAGCGCCUAUCGGCCAAUCAGCAACAGCAGCCCCGUAAGAUCAUCAUCGAAACGUCGGUCGACGAUAGCGAGGUGGAAGCGUUGCGGCAGCAGUUGACCGAAACCGAACAAGAACUGGUCAAGGCGCAGAAAUCUUGGCGGGAGCGGCUGAUGGAAGCGGAGGACGUUCGGCGAACGGAGAUGAAGCUGCUCAAACGGAAGGGUCUCGCGUUGGAGCUGUCCGCCGAGCAGAAGGAACCCUGCUUGGUGAAUCUGGCCGCUGACCCCAUGCUGUCCGGUACGCUACUGUACAUUAUACCAAGCGGAAUCGUGAAAGUUGGACGACCGUCGUCUUUUUCCACGCCGGAUAUCGUACUGGAGGGACCGCUGGUGUCGCAUCAUCAUUGCUCGAUCGAGAACCGUAACGGUAAACUGUUUCUCACGCCGGAGGAUGCCGAUCAGUACGAAACGUUCGUCAACGGUGAGCUGGUACGGGAGCGCCGUCAACUGUUGCACAACGACCGGGUGGUUAUCGGUGGAUCACACUACUUCCGGGUCUCGAACCCGGUCUGUCCGAACCGUUCGAAGCAAAUCAUCGUCGACUUCCAGUCGGCCCACCAGGAAAUCCUCCGCGAGCAGGAAAAACGGUUACGUCGCGAGCUGGACGCCGAAAAGCAGGCGGCCAUUUCGCGAAUCGAAGCCGAACGUAUCGAUCACGAGCGUCAGUACGAGGAACGGCUUGCCUCGCUGGAAUUGGAGAAGUUUAAAUACAAGUGCCGCCAGGAGUUGCUGGAAACGGAAAAGGAAGCGAUGCUGAAGCAGAGCACCGACGAUGAAGGAGAUACCACUUUGGUGUUCACACCGUUCCAGUCCAAUCUGGCGGACGAGAUUCGGAAGAUAAUGGAACGACCCAGUGAGGAGAGUUUGCACCAGAUCCAGCUGAUGGUUAAGGAAGCUACUCAGCGGUGCAAGGAUCUAGGACUGGAAUUUGAGUUCCAGCAGUCGCAAGUGCUGGAUGAGCAGGGUAUUUUCAGGGCUGUUGUCAAUAUCUACGAUAAAAGCACAGGGAUGGUAGCAGAAUGGCUUCCAGCACGAUUGGAAUAUUGGUUGGGCGUGGUAAGGGAUAGGGAAGAUCUCUACGCAGAUAACGUUUUCGAAAACUUCGACCUCGAAUGGAGGGCGAACGACGAGGAACUUAGUCAGCCAUUGAACGAUUCUCGCAGUUCCCGGAGAAUAUCACUCAAUUUGACCUCAGUGAAAGAUGUAAUAUUGAAAAGGAGUAGCCCAGCUAAGAAAUCUCCUUCACAUAGUGCAAGAAAAUCAGAAGGUUUGUUGAAAUCGAUGUUCAAAUUUGGGGCGGCGAACCCUAGCAGUGUCCGCAAGGAGCUAUUCGCGGAAGGUAACCAAAAUGACGAGAACAUGCCGAUCAAUCAGCAAUCCCCUUCGCCAACGAAACCCCACCGGUUUGGAGUGAAAGCAAACCGGCAGCUCAGAGAAAUCCAAGUAGCCACUGCGAAGCUCAAAAAGCUCUGUGAAAAAUAUCAUCGCAGUAACCCGGCAGACGAUAGCAUUUGUACAGUACUGGAUCUGAAUAGCAGCACCCGAUCGAUGGAGCACGUGACCAGAGAUUUCAUGCAAUCGAUAGCGGAAAUCGAGAAUGCCGUCCAGGACAUGCGGUUUGUUCUGACCGAGCAGAAUGUGAAGCAUGCGGCGGAUGAUGACGACCAGGAACGAUCAUCGUCCAAGUCGGUAAGAUUUUUGUUAGAUUAGAUGACUGUUUCUGUUCUGUGAGAGGGGGUAUCGGGUUCGAAAAAUAUGUAUAGAUUUACCAUUCUGACUAACAUACUGUUUGCUAGUUAUAUUAUUCCUAACAUUAUUUAUUAGUCAUGCUUCAUACAUUUUGAAAAUAUUUUAUAUUUUUACUUUUAACUGUGAAAACGGAAUACAACUUGUAAAUCGUGAUUAUAUUGAAA